AUGCAAGACAACAAAUGGUCACCAUCUCAAGAUCCACCUCAUGGUUACAUGGCGUUGUCUAACACAAACUACCCCUCUUACCGCGAUCCCGCAGCUGUUGCUACUGCUGGUGCUGCUGGUGCUCCACCACAACCACAACCACAACCACCCACUAUUCCUCAACCUCCACACACCGGUGAAGGUUCUAUUCAUGGGUUAAUGUCAAUGACGCAGCCUGCCACACCACAACCAGAAAGCGUAUCAUUACCUCCUACUCCUCUUGGUGAUAAAUCGCCACAAAGCACUACAAGUGGUGGUGGUGGUCCUGGUGCUGGUGUUGCCAAUGCUACUCCUGGUGCUGGUGCUGUUCGUCCCAUGAUUCCAACACGACCAGCCAGCUUUUCGGGUACUACUACAACCACCAACGCUUUUUCUUCACAUCCUUAUCCUGACUAUGUCAAUCGGAAACGACGCACAGAAUCUAUUUUUUCAUUUGAAAUGGGUCCUACUUUUUCGUCUACAAAGCAACUUGAAGAGCUUUAUAGUCUUGAUCAAAGUAACAGAUAUCAAAUCCAAUUACAUGCCAAAAUGGAUCGUGGAUUCUUUCGAGCUGAACAAGAUUGGGCAUGUUAUCGUCGCAACUAUUUCCAAGUGAGCAGCACAUUCGAUGUUCAUGGUGUCAAUUACAUGCUACAAGGCUCUGAAGUACCUUGUUUAUUACGUACAUCACAAAACGAGAUCCUUCAAAUCGAAUACUUUUCAAUUGGCGUGAGCGCGCGUGUCACUGGCAAUCCAGACAAAAAGAUUGAAUUGGUGCAGCAUACUCCCAAGCGCGACAAGGGUCCACAAAUGAUUCCUAAACCACAAGCGAUUCGAGCAGGUGGCAACCUUCACUUGGCAUCGGUGGGGUCCAAUCAUCACAUUGCUACCUUUGAACGUAUGCAAUUUAAAACGGCCACAGCCAAUAAUGGAAAGCGUCGAGCAGCACAACAAUAUUAUGAGAUUGUCAUUGAACUCUAUGGCAACACGGCUCAAGGUCAAGAGAUUUGCGUGGCAACAUGUUAUUCGGCACCCUUGGUUGUGCGUGGUCGUAGCCCUGGUCAUUAUGCAGAUUCACAUACACGUUAUCGACAUAGCUCAGUAGCUUCUUCUUCAUCGGCAACAUCAUCUCAACAUCCACCACCACCUCCUCCACCUCCUUUACAAUUGCCAACAUCACCUCCAGUGAAUGAUUUGACACCUUAUUAUUAUGAUUAUUCUUCUCCUCAUCCUCCUCAUCACAGUCCUUAUCCACCACCACCCACUUCUUCAAGUGCUCCGGAUUCCUAUUUUCAAAGACCUGAGAACAAGAUCUCUAUGCCACCUCCACCCCCCGUCAUGUCAACGGAUCCAGCGUAUUAUGAAUCAGCUCAACCAGCAGCAACAGCACCAGGGUUCUAUUCCAGACAUCCAGAAGCUAAGGAUCCCUCAUUUUCCACCACAACACCCUACAAUGCUUAUGGUACCACAGCUCAUCCACCACCUCCUCCUCCAUCAGCAGCAACUGCACCUCCACCACCACAUCAUCAUCAACAUCAUCCUUCACAAUCAUCCCAUCCUUAUGAUGAUUACAGUGGAUCGUAUUCUUCCUCUUUGCAACAACAACAACAACAGCAGCAACAACAUUAA